CCGAAUCAUUCUGUUGGGGCAUCUCGUGGCGAACAAGCCGCAAUAAACGGGUCAGAAAACCAACCAAAACAAAAGCCAUGCGAAGUGAUUGCCUAAUUCUGGCUUUGGGCCUGCUGCUGGUGGGAUUUGUGGCUGGAAAGUCAUCGCCUGCAUCCGAUGGGGAUCGCGAUCGCGAUCAGUGGGUGUGGCACUCCUACAACCGACAGCAGCGAUCCUUUCGGGGCGGAGACAUUGGCAGGAGUCGAAGUGCUGCCAUAAGUAAUUCCUACGACAACAAGCUGAGGCGAGAGCCCACCACACGCAGACCUCUGCCUGGAGAGCCAGAGAACGAUGAGAUCGAGGACUAUGCGGAUGUGGUGGAUCCCACCAGGACAUCGCAGGACACUACUCCGAAGGUGGGCACGCGGCAGUACAAUCCGUACGGGGGACAACCGAAUGCUGGGCAAUUUGGAGGCUCAGGACUCUCCGGCGGAUAUGGCGGCAGUCCGGGCGUUCUUGUGGGCCCAGGAGGACCCACUGGAAUCAUUGGAAGGCAGCCACUGUAUCCGACGCCCUAUCAGCCCGGCUAUGGGGGAUUCAACGGCGCACAGAAUGGCAUUGGCGGAUAUCCUGGCGGAAUCUAUGGCGGAGCAUCGGGAGCAGGCCUCCAGGGCUAUCCAGGAGCCGCUGGAGCAGGCGCUGGCUAUCCUGGUGGCGCUCUCGGAGGAGGUUUUGGCGGCUAUCCCAGCAAUGGACUGGGCGUCGGGCAGUUCGCUGGCGUGGGACAGCAAUUCCCAAGCGCUGGACAAUUCUCUGGCGUUGGUCAGCAGUUCCCUGGCGCUAGCCAAUUCCCUGGCGCUGGCGGCCAAUAUCCCUUCGGCGGAUCCUAUCCAGGGGGAGACUUCAGUGGCAACCAGUUUGCAGGACAAUACCCUGGCAUUGGAGGACAGCAGUUUCCCGCGAAUCAGUUUGGCGGCGGACCGCAAUACACCGAGGGCUAUGGUCUGGCCGGAGGAGCGGGUCUGGGACAGCAGCUGGGUCUCGGCGGAGGAGGCCCCUACGGUGGGGGAAACUUUGGCUUCGAUGAAAAAUCAGCCACUCCGGUGGUGGCCGAAGGCAAGAGCGCCAAGAGCGUGUUAGCGGCGCCCAGGAACGUGAACGAUAAGCUAAGCAAGAAGGUCUAGGAUUAAGGAUGCUGGACCAGGAGAUCCCUUAGACGUACUCCCACCCCGCCCCCUCAGUUGUAUAUAGAAGCCUAAUUAACUUAUGUAUAUGUAGAUCCUAUCUAGACCUAGAAACGAAUCGAAUAAAUCUUUAGAAAGCCAGAGGCCAA